AUGACUACUGAAGAGGUCAUACUGAACCCGUCCAAAUCUACUUUAAGUCCCAUUGCGGAGAAGAACCUGUUUCCGGCUCAGCUCAUGCUACCAAACAACGAGUGUAGCAGUGAACAGCUCGCGCCUCAUGUACAGGAGAAGCAAGUUUAUGAUGGAGACGUCGCUACUAUUCGAAGGGAAGAAAUCGUCGAGACUGACUCCCCUCCUACUCAAGCAGACAGAGUUAAACGAAGCGAGAACGAAAGUAAUCCUAUUGGUGCGUCCUGCAAUAAGGAUAUCCCGCCAGAGGCGAGUCUUCGCUCUCACUCGGAGAGUACGUCCCAUUGCAACCAACCAGAUUUGUCAUCUAUGCCGAAAGAUGGCAAGGUGGAGCCCAAAAUUUGUUUAAAGUGUGGUAAAACAUUUGCAAGCUGGCAGGGACUGCGUGGACAUCUUAAUCGUGUGAAUCCUUGCGAUCAUGAUACGACUGUACGACGACGAACCCCGGUGUCUAAAACGUGUCAUAAGUGUGGUAGAACAUUUUCGAGUCCACAGAGUCUCCGCAUCCACUUAAAUAAAAUGAAGCCAUGUGACCGGGAUAAAACAAGACCCAGGUCACCACCAGAACCACCGGCGACAACGCCUUGUCCUGUUUUGCAGGUAAUGAGUACUGAGGAGGUAAAAAUGGAACAACGGAAGGUAAAAGCUAGGUACCAAGCUCGCAAAGCGUAUCUUAAGAAACGUGGACGGCUUGAUGAACUUGGAAACCCUCCUUUGUUGCGCAUCCAAUCUAAUGAUGGUCUUAACGAUUUAGAAAAGACUGUUAAUGAAGAAGAGCAUCAAAGAGAGAUAUCAGAUGAAUCACUGCAGGAUGGUGAUAGUCUAGAUUUGAAAAUGUCUUCUGAGGCAAAAAAGCCGCGUACACAAGAGAAAGUAGCACAAGAAGUGGACAAAAUGGAUGACUUUUCCUCUAAUGUCAUCAAGCAAAAAAUAUCCGAGCCUCUUAUACCAACGUCGUCGCUGCAAGAUCCUUCAAAACGGCCAAUGGCCAGCGAAGGCAGCUUUUUCUACCGCUUAAAAUAUGACCAUGGCGGUGAUCUCCUUGCUGGUGGUUGCAGCUGUCCACCGUGUGUUCGACGAUGGGCGAGAAAUAUCAUGAAUCGAAUGCAGAAGCUUGAAGACGAAGUGGUAAUGUUACGUCAGCAAAAAUUGGUUGAAGAUAAAAGCAAUAAUGUUAUUACUGGUGCUAAUAAUGCAUCGAAUCACGAUGUAAGUUUGCACACCCGCUCUGAGAAAUCACAUGUCAGUCAGCCCACAUGUCCGGGUGGUAUGAAUAUGGAAGGGAUGGUUUCGAGUAAAACUGUGGUGAAUGGUCAUUCUAAUGCAAGUUCCAUUUCCAUAUGUAAUAGCGUGAAGUCCGCGUGUCAAGUGCCAGAGAUCGAAUUCGAGAAAUAUUCGGACAACAAUCCCCCACCUUCUCAAAAGAAGGCUGAAUUGGCAUCCCACGAAAAGGAUUUUUGCACCGAUCAAUCAAGAUUAUACGAACAACACCCAAUUUCCUCUGGCUUACAAGGUCUUGGUUUAGAUAAAAAAAGUUUAGUGGAGGCUUACACUCACUUGAACAACCAGAUUUUGAUAAAGGAAAGAACGAUUACAGAAAUUGAGGCCCACGGUGACAAACCGGAACUUCGAAAGAAAGUGGAUGAACUUUGCUUGUUUAUAAGCGUAGAAAAAGCUAAACGUGAAGUUAUGGUGGCCUCUCUCAUCGCGCGCGAGUGGAAAAGUCGAUGGGACGAAUUCAGAGCUUUAUUCGAAGAUAACACUUCCCACAAUGCACCUCAUGAUGAACAGGCCCACCACAAAAAGUGGUCUGAGAUUUCUAACGAAGUGUCCACCAAGGACGAGGCUAUUGCUGAGUUAGAGAGGCGGAUGGACGUUCUUGUAAGUGGUGGAGAAAAUACCCGUUCUAGGUAUGCAGAGAUGGGCGAGCUUUCCAGCAAAAUGGCGGCUGAGUACGAUGCUAAAAUGGCAUUAGAAGGCGAACGUGAAGAGGUUUUUGUGGGUCUAGUAAAAUCAAGUAUUCGCAUUCGGUGGCUAGUUAAAAACGCCUUGCUAUAG